CGAGCUGAGUCAGAUGGACCCCUCCCAACUUAGAAUGACACAAACGGAACAGACCAGCGCUCUAGGACUCAAAAGAGGACGAAAAAAAUCAAGAACGCUAUAAAAAAAAUAAAAAUACACGAAGUACAAGUAAUAAUGGAGGAAUGUGAGAGCUUGGACUCCGAGAUGACAGAGUUCCAGUGUGAGGCUUCAGAUGUCAUCAACCAGGACGAUGAGGACGAAGUGGAGGAAUUGCAAAACAGUCUGCGUGAGGUUGUCCAGGACCAGUCUGUGAAACCCAAACUCCAGUGCCUGAUGGUGGAUCCGUCAUUCUCUAUGGUGACUGUCCAGAGCGAAGACAGCGGUAUCGUUUGGGAGACAGCCUCCAGUCGUUGUUCUACUCCUUGGGCUUCUGAGACAAGCUCCAUCUCUGAAGCAUGCAGCAUGGAAGGCUCUGGACCUGCUGGUAAAAUCACCUUCAUCUUUGAUGAGGACAAAGUAGUCCGUCGCAGAACAAGAUCCGGAAGGAACAGCAGAAUGAGGGACAGGCUUAGCAAAUCUGGCAGUUCAAGAUUAGCUUCAGCAUUAGGAGUGGAGAGACCCGAGAUGGCAGAAGUGUCACUUCCUAAUGUCAAAGAACAGAAAACAGCAGAGACAGAUUUGGAGGAAAACAAAAACAAAGCUCAGCAGUUGUUUAGUUUGAUUUCAGAGGGUUACGAGAUCCUUAACAUCAGAGUCCCAUCCAAACUUCCCACAGUGGAUGAAGAGGAAAGCACUGAACUACAAGACAACUUGUCUUAUCUGGACCAGACUCCCAAGAUCCGAUCUCGAAACCAACUUCACGAAAUCUCGCAGAACCAUGGCUUGCCUCAGGAGGUGAAAAUACUGGAAUCCAAUGAGCCUUCAAAGGAAGAUAUUGGACCUUCGGCAGAGACUGGGCUGAGACGAAUUUCCACUCCAGAAAAUGGCUCCAAAGACAUUGACUACUUUGAGAAGUUUACACUGCUCGACGAGGUGGUUCCUGGCCAUAAGGCUCCAGACCUUCAGGAGGAGGUGGAAGAUCCGGUGACGGGAUGCAAAAUGGAGCCAACGCCUGUAAAAGUAGUCAAAGAUGGCACGUCAGAGUCAGAAGACUCAUUUGUGUUUGUGACAGAAGCGGAGAUAGUUGGGGAACACCUGGAUGAGGUCUUCUAUGGGGAGGGAGCUCCUGCUAAUGUAAUCCAGCAGAGACCCGAUGAAGGGGAAGAAAGUUCAAGAGUGAGACGAGAGAGCCAGAGAUCCAUGAAGGAGAGCGGCUCAGUAUUGUUUGGAAGUGAAGAAACCACCCUCACCCCCAUUUACAUCUCCCCUGGACCCCCUAAGAUCAUCGACCCCAUCCUGCUUGAAGAGCCCACCGCCAUGUCCUUCAUGUACUCCGACCUUUAUGAGGAUGCUGUAGGUGAGAGGAGAAAGAGCGACGAGGAAUGCUCUGAGAUAGAGAGUGUGACGUCUGAAAAAUCAUUCAAGAAAUGCUUGUCAGAUUCGGAGGAGCCAGACGGGUACCUGGAAAAGUUCAUUUUGAAAGAUGACACCCCCACCGUAGAUCUUCCAGUUGACCUAGUGCAGGACAAGAGGGACGGGAGGAUGAUGUGGUCACAAAAUAACUUUGACAUGACAGGCUGUCUAAUGAGAGCUAUGGAAGAGGAGGAAGACGCGGUCAAGACAGAGGUCACAAUGCAAGCAGUCAACACUGCUUCAGUUAAAGAUUCAGGAGGAUCAAAGUCUGAAGGGGAUGUUCCAGAAAUGGCAAGCGAAGGAGUCCCCCUCUCUGAGGAGAGGGAAGAGAAUCUCGUUUCUGUAGACUCAAUUCACGAGGAUGGGUCAAAGGCAGAAGGGGUUCAAGCUAUAGAUGGAAUUCCCGAGGGCUUCACUGACACAGCUUUAUACCUUAAGAGCUCAAGAGUAGAGACACCAGAGCAGCACCAGCAGGUCAGCGAUCAAAGUACAAGUAUAACCCAAGAUCUGUCUCAAACACACACUGUGGAGGAAAAGGAACGUGAGAAGCCACCAACAGUUGCUGAAGUUCCUCAAACUCUCAACAAGCUUCAACAAGAAGACACAGUAGGGGAAAUCUGUCAGAAGGCAGCAGAAGAGACGGCGAGAGUGGUAUCCGUUAAUAACGACACCCAAGAGGAGAUCCUUGCAGAAGACUCAAUGAGAGAAAGUGAGGCUUCUGAACCCCCCGUUGAAAUGGAGACACUAGAAGAGAAAACACCAUAUCAGAAAAAGGAUCUUGAAUUAGAACAACAGGGGAUUAAGGUCACUACUGAUUGUGAGCCUACGGUGCAGGCAAUCGUGAAGUUAACCGAGAAGACAGCUGAUGAAAAAGUGACUCAAACUGAGGUUCAGAUUGAUCUAAAGGAUGUAACGAGCAUUCCUCAAGAUGAAACAAGAGCAGAUGUGUUUCCACGGCAUGUUGCAGCAGCCGAGUCGGCACGUUUUGUGCCUGAUCAGGGGUCAGGGGUCAAAACCAAAGUGAAAGAACAUGCGACUGAUUCAAGUGGGACACAGGAGGAGAUGAUUGAACAUAAGCACCAGGAGCCUUCAAAAAACAGCAAGGCUGACACUCAGAAGACUGAAAUGAAUGACGACUUGAUUGUCCUUGUCCCGAAAGGCCAAGCUGUAGAGAUGGACAUAAACAUGAGCCCUUGCUCAGGAAGGAUUACAAAAAGUGAUUCUGUGACUCCUUGUGAUCUGGACACAGAAUGCGAACCUCUCACUACAUCUGAUCAUGACGCAGUGGUAACAUCAUUGCCUCAGCUGAAAGAACCGUUUGGACAGUUGGAAAAAUUGAACGAGGCCUCCUCACCUACACCGUCAGUCGAUAAGGCAGAGUUGGUCGACCUAUCGGCCAACAGGAACAAAGAUGAUGCCGGGUUUUCCCCUCUGAGGAGCUUCACACCGCAGGAGGAUUUAUCUCAGCCACACAAGGAGGACCUACAACCAGAUGCUGCAGAUGUAGAAGACAAGGAAGUUGCCCGAGAAAGAGAUGUUAUGAAAGAGGACACGGACCUUGGGAUUGGUUCUUAUAGAGAAGACUGCGGAGAAAAGAUAGCUCAAGAUGAGACAGCUGAAGCCGUUCAAGAGGUUACAGUUAAUGAUUACGAGGUGAUAACUGAACAGGAGACCAGCGAGCUAGCAGAGCCUCAAGUGUGGAGAGAUGUAGAAGAAGCAGUGCCGGUGUCUGUUCAGGAGGUCGAGGUGGAGGACAAGAAGGGGGAUGUGGAUGUGUUGGGAGAUGAUGAUCUCAUUGAGGCUGAUUAUGACAUCAUUGAUGAUGAGGAACAGCGUCAGGCCCGACUGGCUGCUGAGCUUCAGGGGAUGGAUUGGUUCUGUCUCACCUGUCAGUGUUUGCUCUCUAAGGAUGACUGUGAGUCCGGGGACCACGAGGGCCACCAGGUGACUGCAGUUGACAAAGCCUUUGAAGAUAUCAAGGAGCGACUGAGUGACUGGAUCUCUGAGCUGCAGGAACGCUCUGAGAACAUCGAGGACCUGGUAUCUGAGCUGGAGUUGGCCUACCACUCUGUGGAGGACCAUUGCGUCGAAAGCGAGGCCGCCAUGCAGGCGCAGAACGACGAGGCGAUGGCCCUGGUGAUGGAGCGCUACAACGAAAUAUCCGUCGACAUGGAGGAGGAGAAGAAGGCCAAGCUGGAGCGACUCUACGACCAGAUCGUCUCCUUCCAGGAGAGCAUCGACUCGGCCAAGGCGACCCUGGAGACCACGGCUCGAGAGGCUGACGCCGACGCCCGGAGCCCUGAGGACAUUCAUGCAAGGCUCGAGGCAGCUCUGGAGUCCACCAUGUCCCUGGAGACGGGCUCCGAGGGAUUGCUGGUGUUGGAGGAUUACGCCAAAGGCGACGCCUCCGCCCCGCAGCUCGCGCAACGAAAGGGAAUCGCAGCCCCCCAGAGGCCCACGCUGGAGCCCCAGGAGGCGGGAUCGGCCACCGGCGCCAGCGUCGCCGUUUACUGGAGGGUCAACCCCGGCGACGUCAUUGACUGCUUUCAGGUGUACUGCGUGGAGGAGCCACAAGGAGCUGCGUCCGAUGAAUACCGCGUGACCGUCAAGGAGAGUUUUUGCGUCCUGGAGGAGCUGGAACCCGACAAGUCUUACAGAGUCUGGGUGAUGGCCGUCAACUACACGGGCUGCUCCCUGCCCAGCGAGAGGCUCGUCUUCACCACGGCUCCGUCGGUGCCGGUUAUUGAUAGCGACCGGUGCACCGUCACGUGGGACUCGGCCACGCUGAGGUGGAGCGCGGCAAAAUGGAGUCCUGGACAGAGUUUCGUCUUGGAGUACUGUCGUCAGUAUGAGCUGGAAGGAGACGGGCUUAGAUCCAUCGCGGGCAUAAAGAACUGCGAACACGCCGUUCGGCUGCAGCCCAAUGAGAAUUAUUUGUUCUACGUCAAAGCUGUGAACGAAGCCGGAGUUAGCGAGCAAAGCGAGGCUGCUUUCGUUUCGACCAAAGGAACAAGGUUUCGCUUGCUGGAUGCUUCGGCUCAUCCCGCUCUGGAGCUCUCGGACGACCACACCACUGUUUACCUGUCGCAAGAUGCUCACCGGCACAUACCGUCCACAGAAAAACAGCCCCCGUCCGUCCUCGGUGAGUUGUUACCAGCGCGGGGUCGCCACUACUGGGAGGCCGUCGUGUCAGGAUGUGCGGCGUACAGGCUCGGCGUCGCGUGCAGCUCGGCCCCCGCAAUGCGCCCGCUGGGGGAAAACGACCUUUCGUGGUGUUUACAGUGCGUCCCGUCACCGUCUGGUUGCAGUUAUCGCCUGCUCCACGGCGCCGCUCGGUCUUUGGUCUUUGUGACGGAGGCGCCCGAGCGGGUGGGCGCGCUCCUGGACUACCGGCGGGGGCGUCUGCGUUUCUACGACGCCCAAAGGGGGCAGUUGUUGGGGUCUUUCGGGCACGACUUCGACGGGCCGUCCCGCCCCGCGCUGGCACUGGAGGUGCCGGGGCGGCUGUCCGUCGUCAUGGCGACGGAGGUGCCGGAGUUCGCCCGCGGCUGCUCGGCCUCGGAUUAAGAGUUUGUGUCAGGAAGUUGUUGGUUGAAGCUCGCCGUCAUACAAAAUCAUAUUGUAAAGUCCAAAUAUUGUUCACAUGACGGGGUUCAAUAGAUCCUCUUUUUUUUCUUUGUCUUAUAAACUUGUAAAUAUCAAAUAUUGACAAAAAUCAUUUAGGGUAUGAAAUGCAGCUGCACUGACAUGUCGCCUUUUGACUGAUUUUUUUUCACAUUGUCUUGUUUGUAAAUUUUAGACAGCGCGUCAGUUUUGUACACCAUAAAACUUGCUGUCUAGCGUUAAAAAAAUAUAUUUUAUUGAAAGACUCAUCAGCCUAAAAUAUCGCAAAUGUUUGAAUGAAUUAUACUGUAGCACUUUUGUUUCCAAAAGAGAAUAUACUUCUUUUUUUGUAUUAUGAUUUUUGUAAACAGUGUGAUCAUCUGUUUUUAAUUCUGUUGUUUCCAUUUUUCUUUCUUUCUUGGCUGAAAACGGUUAUCGUUGCGAUGAAGUUAACAUGAUUGUUUUUCUAUUUUGCUCAACUGGCAUCUUUUGAUUCAGUCGACGGCAACUUUCAUCACAACAUGCCCUCGCCGGUGUGACGGUCUGAGCGCUCCCCCGUGCUGAGAAGUCUCCUUGUGAUGAAUGCGCAUGCGUUACUGACAGGGGAAGUCCGGCCAAAGGCCAUCGACAAACAAAGAGCGUUCUGUGCUCCGAACAAGUAAACAGACAAUCGGAAAGGCAUGACGACGACCAACGUGAGCAGGCGAAGUGCGGUUAGGUCGAAAGGACUAAAAAUGGAGCUCGGUGAUUCUGCACUGCCGCGACUCCCCUCUGGUCAGCAGGAUGCGGGAGCGGGCGCUGUCGGCGUGGCGACCGGGCACGAGGAAAUUCAGGGGGAACGGCGACCGCGAGGCAAACCACGGCCGUGUCACGC